CGUGGUGCCGGCGGGGGGCGGCGGGGCCCCCUCCUCCUCCUCCUCCUCGUCCUCCUCGGCCCCCGGUGCUGCCUCGGACAUGGCCGCGGCGGUGGCGGUGGCGGCCGCGUCCCGGCGCCAGUCGUGCUACCUGUGUGACCUGCCCCGCAUGCCCUGGGCCAUGAUCUGGGACUUCACCGAGCCCGUGUGCCGCGGCUGCGUCAACUACGAGGGCGCCGAUCGCGUCGAGUUCGUCAUCGAGACGGCGCGGCAGCUCAAGCGGGCGCACGGCUGCUUCCCGGAGGGCCGCUCCCCGCCGGGCGCCGCGGCCCCGGCCGCCGCCAAGCCGCCGCCGCUCUCGGCCAAGGACAUCCUCCUGCAGCAGCAGCAGCAGCAGCAGCUCGGCCACGGCGGGCCCGAGGCGGCCCCCCGCGCGCCGCAGGCCCUGGAGCGCUACCCGCUGGCCGCCGCGGCCGAGCGACCCCCGCGCCUCGCCUCCGACUUCGGCGGCAGCCGUCCCGCCGCCGGCCUGGCCCAGCCCCCGACGCCGCAGCCGCCGCCGGUGAACGGCAUCCUGGUACCCAACGGCUUCUCGAAGCUGGAGGAGCCGCCCGAGCUGAACCGCCAGAGCCCGACGGCCCGCCGCGGCCACGCCGUGCCGCCCACCCUGGUGCCGCUCAUGAACGGCUCGGCCGCCCCGCUGCCCGCCGCCCUCGGCCUCGGGGGUCGCGCCGCCGCCUCCCUGGCCGCCGUGUCGGGAGCCGCCGGCCUGGGCUCGGCGCAGCCCGCGGAGCUGGGCGCCCACAAGAGGCCGGCGUCCGUGUCCAGCAGCGCGGCGGUGGAGCACGAGCCGCGGGAGGCGGCGGCCAAGGAGAAGCAGGCGCCACCGCCGCCCUCGUCGUCCUCGUCGUCCUCGUCGUCGUCCGCGCACCGGGGCCAGGCCGACGGCUUGGGCGCCGCGGCCGGGGCCGCCGAGCUGGGCGCCUCCGCCGAGGGCAAAGGCCGCGGAGGGCCCGCAGAGCAGGACUGGGUCAACAGGCCCAAAACCGUGCGCGACACGCUGCUGGCGCUGCACCAGCACGGCCACUCGGGGCCCUUCGAGAGCAAGUUUAAGAAGGAGCCGGCCCUGACUGCAGGCAGGUUGUUGGGGUUCGAGGCCAACGGGGCCAACGGGUCUAAAGCAGUUGCAAGAACAGCAAGGAAAAGGAAGCCUUCUCCAGAACCGGAAGGCGAAGUUGGGCCCCCUAAGAUCAAUGGAGAGGCCCAGCCGUGGCUGUCCACGUCCACAGAAGGGCUCAAGAUCCCCAUGACGCCUACAUCCUCUUUUGUGUCUCCUCCACCGCCCACUGCCUCCCCUCAUUCCAACCGGACCACACCGCCUGAAGCGGCCCAGAAUGGCCAGUCCCCGAUGGCAGCCCUCAUCUUAGUGGCAGACAAUGCAGGGGGCAGUCACGCCUCCAAAGAUGCCAACCAGGUUCACUCCACCACCAGGAGGAACAGCAGCAGUCCACCUUCUCCAUCUUCUAUGAACCAAAGAAGGCUGGGCCCCAGAGAGGUGGGGGGCCAGGGGGCGGGCAGCACAGGAGGACUGGAGCCCGUGCACCCUGCCAGCCUCCCGGACUCCUCGUUGGCAGCCAGCGCCCCGCUGUGCUGCACCCUCUGCCACGAGCGGCUGGAGGACACCCACUUUGUGCAGUGCCCGUCGGUCCCUUCGCACAAGUUCUGCUUCCCUUGCUCCAGACAAAGCAUCAAACAGCAGGGAGCUAGUGGAGAGGUCUAUUGUCCCAGUGGGGAGAAAUGCCCUCUGGUGGGCUCCAAUGUGCCCUGGGCCUUUAUGCAGGGGGAAAUCGCCACCAUCCUUGCUGGAGAUGUGAAAGUGAAAAAAGAGAGAGACUCGUGACUUUUCGCUUUCAGAAAAACCCAAUGAUUAUCCUUAACUAAAACUGCUUGAAUUGUAUAUAUCUCUCCAUAUAUAUAUAUAUCCAAGACAAGGGAAAUGUAGACUUCAUAAACAUGGCUGUAUAAUUUUGAUUUUUUUGAAUACAUUGUGUUUCUAUAUUUUUUUGACGACAAAAGGUAUGUACUUAUAAAGGCAUUUUCUUCUUUUGUUAACGUUAUUAGCAUAUCUUUGUGCUUUAUUAUCCUGGUGACAGUUACCCUUUUAUGUAGGCUGUGACUUGCGCGCUGCUUUUUUAGAGCACUUGGCAAAUCAGAGAAAUGCUUCUAGCUGUAUUUGUAUGCACUUAUUUUAAAAAGGAAAAAAAAAAAAGCCAAAUACAUUUUCUGACAUUGUAAGAUUGCCUUACUGUCUGUUAUUCCUUACUGCUGGCCCCUGUCUCAGGCUGGAGGGCAGCUGACUGGUGGAGAAGGAAAGGAAAGGGGCACUGUUGGCAGGCGGGCAUGCUGCUGGAAGUACCGCCAGGUUGACCCCACAACGUUGUCCUCUCAGGAGCAGGAAGAUGGAUUUUGAAUCUCUGUUUUGUUCUUAAAGUUCCGUUCUGGGGAGGUGGCUGACUCUGAGAGAGGCUGUUGAGAGGUUUCUCAGGAGUGUGUGGCUGGGGGGUAGUUUUCCUGGUAGAGGCCCAGUUGACCGCUGUGCACUGUGCACGUGACCAGUUGUAAGAUGACAAUGCUGCAUGCUAGUUGGUUGCAUAAUACACAGGUCCAGUGAUGGAAGGCGGCUCCAGCGGGGGGUGGUGUGCACAAGAUGGCACUGCCAUCUUGGAGCAGAGCCUGGCUCUGCAGCGCCGCUCCUGCUUGAUAGCCACCCUGGAGCUUGGUUGGUCGGUGCUGUUGUUGUUUCCCUUGAAAGAGUCACAAGCGAAGUUACAGUCCAGGUGAACUCGGAGAUGAUGGCAUUGGUUCUGUUUUGUGUUUUGUUUUUUAAUCAUCUACCUGUAGUGCUAUUGCUGUGGAUCCUAUCACCUACACCCUGUUUCUAGUGAGUGCUAAAAUACAGUAUGGUACAAUGACAGUAACAGGCACCGUGGUGCUGCCAGGAUUGCCCGUGGGCAUAUCAGGGACAGCCCAGAUGUGGGUGGAGGAAACCUGUAAUUUCCUUCUUACAUGUAUUUGAAAUACCAAGUGAAUAAUACUUUUCUGGGGGAAAAAAAAAAAAGUGAUGAACUAGUGAAAAUCAAAGAAAUGAAGGAUUUUAUGUACUAGGCCCCCACCUCAAACUAUUUUUUGGAAGCCUUUUGUAAACUAACUUCUUUUGAUCACUGUUUUACAUCAGUAAAAUGAUUUUUUUAAUCAAUACAUCCUCAGUUACUAGAAAUAGUUGUCUCACAGUGAUACCAGGUGUUCUGUGCUGUUAUGAUUUAACAUUGACAGGAACACGUAAGUCCUUAUGUUCAGGGGUUUGUAACUUGGCCUUCCGAUUAGGCUCAAUUCUGACUUCUGGGUCUACCGCAGUCUAUGUGGAUCAUUCACAGAUUAGCUUCUUUUAAGUUGGAAAAACACAGAUUGCUAACCAACCUUGGUUUCUUUUUUUUAGUUAUGUGUUUGUCUUUUAAAUUGUUCAAAAUAUUUUUAAUGGUCAAGUUACUAACACUUGAAAAUCAGAUACUGCACCAAAUACAGUAUUUUUUCGUAGUGUUUUUAGUGAGUGCACCUAUAAUUAAUGCCAUGCAAAUUCAUGUUACCAGUCAUUGUUAUACUACAAACAGACUUGCAUGAUUAGCCAGUUUGUUGUUACACCUUAAAAAAAAAAAAAAGUUGGAGUAUAUAUGACUCGGAUCAGACUGGUCUCUCUUCUGUGAAUACACACCUGCAGAAACAGAGUCAGUUUCACAUACCCGUAAAGACAUUUGUAAAGAACUCAACUGUUACGGUCUGUUGUGUAAAUGUGUAUCUAGGCACUUUAUUAUAAACUGGAAUUUGACCUCAUAGAUGUUGCGACUUGAUCAGUCAUUU